ACUCGUGUCUGGUGGAUGGUUACCAACCAUUUACCUCCCUGAAAUCAUCUCCGAAAUUGCACAAGUAAUUUAACCGAAAGAGUUUGUGAAAAAAGAGAUCAAGAAAGAGAGAACAGGGAAGCAAUUUAGGAAAGAUAUUGUUUUCCCUUAGUCGUUGAUUUGAAAGUCUGAAAUAAUUAAGUGUAUGGUCAUUUGUGUGUAAAGAAGAAAACGUGUAUACACUGAAUCUAGCAAGGGAUACAAGUAUAUGUCACGUGACAUGAAAACAAGAUGGUGACGAAAAUAGGCGUAGAAGAGGCAGGUCAAGAAACGAUUAAUGGAAACGCGCAGAAGAAAAAUGACCCGACCGUCAUUGAAAUGAAGGGCAGUGAAGGAGACGACAAAGGCGCCGAUAAGAACGAUGGAACCAAAGAUGGCGAGAAGAAGGAAGACGCUCUUCCGCCGGUCCCUGUGUUCCAGAUGUUCCGAUACGCGAGCGUGAAAGAGAAGUGGCUGAUGUUCGCGGGUGUGCUCGCGUCCCUCAUUGCGGGCGUGUGCAUGCCGGCCAUGUUCAUUCUCUUUGGCGAUGUCACGGACGCUUUCGUCUACAAUGACCUGCUUACCAGCAUUAAUAAUGAGACCAAUUUUUCGGCAAUCGUUGCUACGAAUCCCGGCAUGGAGAAUGCAACGAUCGAUGAAAUCAUCGAGUACAUUACAGCCUCGUAUGGCAUCGAAGACUUCUUCCAAGAGAUCGUGAAGUUCGGGGCCGGCACUUUCAUCAUCGGAGCCGUUCAGAUGGUUAUGGGAUACAUCUUCGUCGCGUCCAUGAACUACGCGGCAGAAGGACAGGUAUAUAGGUUACGAGGUAUGUUUCUGAAGAGCAUCUUAAGGCAGGAAAUUGGCUGGUUUGAUACUCAUCAGACUAAUGAUUUUGCCAGCAGAGUUACUGAGGACCUGAAUAAAUUACAAGAAGGAAUUGGUGAGAAAGUGGGCAUGUUCAUAUUCUUCAUGACGAUAUUCAUAGCCUCUCUCAUUAAUGCCUUCGUCCACGGAUGGGAACUCACGCUAGUCAUUCUGUCUGUGUUCCCACUCUUAGGAAUCUCUACUGGAAUUAUUGCAAAGGUUCAGUCUAGCUUAACAUCAGUAGAAAUGAAAGAGUAUGCGAAGGCAGGCAGCAUCGCAGAGGAAGUGAUAUCAGCCAUCAGGACAGUGAUUGCCUUUGGGGGAGAAGCUAAAGAAGUAGAACGGUACGACGCCAACCUUGUGCACGCCAAGCGAGCGGGCGUGAAGCGAGGCCUCGUGACGGGCGUGGGCAUGGGCUUAAUGUGGUUCCUGAUCUACGCGGCGUACGCCCUGGCCUUUUACUACGGCACCGGCCUCAUUCUAGAGUCAAGGACGGAUCCGGAUAGCAAUUUCAACCCCUCCAAUCUUAUCAUUGUAUUCUUCAGUGUGCUAAUGGGUGCUAUGAAUGUUGGCCAAGCAGCUCCAUAUAUUGAGGCCUUCAGUGUAGCCAGAGGAGCGGCUGCAACGAUCUUUGAUAUCAUUGAAAGAAAGUCGGCCAUCGACCCUACCGGCUCUGACGGAGAAAAGCCUCCUUCUGUGAAGGGGAUGAUUGAGUUCAAAGAUGUCCGCUUCAGCUACCCAUCAAGACCGGACGUAAGAGUGUUGCAGGGCGUGUCUCUGAGCAUAGAACCGGGGCAGACCGUGGCCCUGGUGGGUUCCUCCGGCUGCGGGAAAUCGACCUGUAUCCAGCUCAUACAACGGUUCUAUGACCCACUGGAUGGUCAAGUGUUCCUAGAUGGCCGUGAAAUAAAGAGUCUUAACAUCGGUUGGUUGCGAGACCAGAUUGGGGUUGUGGGCCAAGAGCCAGUCCUCUUUGCGACCAGCGUUGCCGAGAACAUAAGGUACGGCCGCGAAGGGGUUUCCAUGGAGGACAUUCAGGCGGCGGCCAAAGAGGCCAAUGCUCAUGACUUCAUCAUGAAAUUGCCGAAGCAAUACGAAACAAACGUCGGCGAGCGAGGAAGCCAGAUGUCGGGGGGACAGAAGCAGCGGAUUGCCAUUGCACGAGCACUGAUCAGGCAGCCCAAGAUUCUGCUCCUGGACGAGGCCACGUCGGCGCUGGACACGCAGAGCGAGGCGGUUGUGCAGCAGGCGCUCGAUAAGGUAAGGAAAGGGCGCACAACAGUGGUCGUGGCGCACCGCCUAUCCACCAUCAAACCCGCAAAUAAGAUCGUUGUGUUCAACAAAGGAAAGAUUGAGGAAGUGGGAACUCACAAUGAACUAAUGAAGCUGCAAGGGCUUUAUUACAAUCUUGUCACAGCUCAAGUCAGCCCACAAGAGGAAAAGGAGAACAAGGGCAGCCCCCCAAAAGGGAAGGCUGAGGGCGAUGCGGCCCUCCUUGAAGGCGAAGCCCUCUCGGAGAUCAGCCAGGACAUUAUUGAAGACCUGGCCAGCAUGUCCCCGGUGGCCCUCACGCGCAGCCCGUCCAUCCGCCAGUCCCUCAAGAGGCGCCGCGCUUCGUCAGUCAAGCCAGUUAAAAGCCCUCUGCGGAAUAUACAGGAAAAGGAAGAGGAGGAGACGCUGCCUGAAGUGGCCACUUGGGAAAUCAUAAAGAAGAACGCGUCUGAAUGGCCAUACAUUGUAGGAGGCGUGCUGGGCUCCGCGAUCCAAGGGACGACCAUUCCUCUCUAUGCUAUAUUAUUUGGCGAGAUUCUUGGGACUCUGUCCAUUGCUGAAGAAGAGAAGGCCAGGAAUGAAGCCAACUUUUACGCCUUGCUUUUCCUUCUAAUUGGCAUUGUUGCGGCUCUGUCUAUGUUUAUGCAGGCAUACAUGUUCUCACUCUCCGGAGAAAUAUUGACGGCAAGAUUACGUAAAUUGACCUUUGCUGCUAUGGUACGUCAGGAGGUUGGAUGGUUCGAUGAAGAAAGGAACUCAGUCGGAGCUCUGUGUUCCAAGCUAUCAGGAGAUGCUUCGGCUAUACAAGGGGCGACAGGCUCUCGCGUGGGCACCAUUGUGCAGGCGAUCACUACCCUGGGCAUCAGUAUUGUCCUAGCGCUAUACUACGACUGGCGCCUCGGGUUGGUUACGCUGCCCUUCAUCCCAUUCGUACUGGUAGCGGUGUACCUGCAGAGCAAGAUCCUGAUGGGCCAGAGCGUCACAGAAUCCAAAGUCUUAGAAAGUGCGGGAAAGAUAGCUAUAGAAGCCAUUACAAACAUCCGUACAGUUGCUGGUCUCCAUAAAGAAGAGCAUUUUGCGCAUGAAUACUCGAAGGCUCUACUUAAUCCUCACGAAGAAGCACUAAAGAAAUCACAUUUAAGAGGUGCUGCAUUCGGAUUUGCCCAAGCGAUGCCUUUCUUUGCUUACGCCGUCAGCAUGUUCUAUGGAGGAUAUCUAGUAAAUGAGGAGCAAUUAACGUAUGAAAAGCUUUUCAAAGUUGCAGAGGCACUAAUUCUGGGGACGAUGAUGGUGGGCCAGGCCGUUGCAUUCGCCCCCAAUUACAGUAAGGCCAAGGUUGCUGCGGCCAGGAUCUUCAACCUACUCGAACGCCGGCCUGCAAUCGAAACGUCCUCGGGAGUCGGUCUCCGUCUAAGUGGCCACGUGGAGAGCAUAGAGCUACAGGACGUGCACUUUACGUACCCGACGCGGCCGGACGUUCCGAUUCUGAACGGGCUCGGAGUGCGAGUAGAGCGAGGCAAGACAUUGGCCUUGGUGGGAAGUUCGGGCUGCGGCAAGUCGACCAUAAUCAGCCUCCUUGAGAGAUUUUAUGACCCUAAAAGUGGUCGGAUUACCAUCAGCGGAGAAGAUAUCCAAGCCCUAAAUGUGGGUUGGGUCAGGAACCAGUUGGGUCUUGUGUCUCAGGAGCCCGUGCUAUUCGACCUGACCAUCGCGGAAAACAUUGCUUAUGGGGACAACUGCCGUAUCGUGGGGCACGAAGAGAUAGUCAAGGCUGCCAAGCAAGCCAAUAUUCACAGUUUUGUAGAGUCUCUGCCUCAGGGUUAUGAAACAAGAGUUGGCUCAAAGGGAACACAGUUGUCUGGAGGACAGAAGCAACGCAUUGCAAUUGCUCGCGCUCUUGUUAGAAAUCCCAGUGUACUUUUGUUAGAUGAGGCGACAUCUGCUUUGGACACCGAGAGCGAAAAGGUGGUCCAGGAGGCCUUGGAAAGAGCUCAAGAGGGUCGGACCAGCAUCAUCAUCGCGCACCGCCUCUCCACCAUCCAGAAUGCGGACACCAUCGCUGUGGUACAAGGAGGCUGUGUGGUGGAGGCUGGGACCCACGAAGAGCUCAUGAAGAAACAAGGUCAUUAUUAUGAUCUUUAUCAGACCAACCAUUAAGGCUUGGCCCUUGAAAUUUGAUCACAAAGUUAUUUCAUGACAUGAAGUCCAAUUACAGAAUAACAAAUCAUGAAAUUUAGUUAUAGGGGAACCUGUUUCAUGAGUUUUUAAUUUUAACCCGGUACCAUCGGGAAAAAUGAAUAAGAAAUGGGGAAAAUGCCGUGCUCAUUUUCUAUAUAUUUUUUUAAAUGUCUCUUCACAUAGAUGGCUCUGCUAGAGCUUAGUCACAAAGGAGUCAAUUAGUACACCUUGUGACCUUACGUGAUUUGAAUUGGCGGGAAAAAACGUAUUUUUUACCACUGCUAUGAAUAUCAAUGGUGUUAUUUUUAUUAUAAACUUUAUAAUUACUAUAAUGUUAUAAAUAUUAGUAACAGCAAAAUAAGAAAGGGUAAACUGGCUCAUUGGUGACUUGGUGACAAGUGUAGCCAUCUAUGUUUAAAAACAAUCAAACAAGUACUCACAGUGGGCAUAGCACUUAAGUACACGUCAUGCCCGUCGGCACUGGGUUAAAAGGACCCGCUUCACGAAAUGUAAUCAUAAUGGAACCCGAACCACGACACUUAAUCAUAAGGGAACCAGUUUCAAGAAAUCUAAUAAAGGGACUCGUUCAACGAAACCGAAUUCUAAAGGAACCUUUUUCAAUAAACCUAAUCAUAAAAGGACCCGUUUAACGAACCAGUUUCAUGUAAUCUAGACAUGAAGGAACCUAAUUGCAAAUAAUUGUUUUGAAAUAUUCAGUCAAAUUUAAUGUUUAAAUAAGCUAAUUCACAUAGAAUUACAUUUCAUGAAGCUAAAUCACGAAGGAUUAUAUUUUUAUGGUCUUUGGAGAAUUUUGCUGUAUAUGCGAGUCAUGUUGUCUGUCACUUAAUGAGUGCCAGUGUUAUUUUUCCCAGAUCCCUCAUCCGUGAUGAUAACAAUGAUGAUAAUCAUUAUGAUAAUGGGGAUGACUAUAAUAGUGAUGAUAAAAUAAUAAUGUUUAUAAUAGUGACAAUAAUGAUAAUAAUAAUGAUUAUGAUUAUGAUACUGAUGAUACUACUACUAGUAAUAUACUACUAGUAGUAGUAGUAAUCACUAAUAUAAUUAGUAGUAGUAGUAGUUUUUAUUAUUAUUAUUAUUAUUAUUAUUAUUAUUAUUAUUAUUAUUAUUAUUAUUACGACUACUAUUAUUGCUGUUAUCCUCCUCCUCCUCCUACUCCUCCUCCUCCUCCUCCUCCUCCUCCUCCUCCUCCUCCUCAUCAUCAUCAUCAUCAUCAUCAUCAUCAUCAUCAUCAUCAGUAUCCUUUUCAUUGCCAUACCAUCAGCAUAAUCAUCCUUAUGAUGAUUAUGCCUACUGUAUUGUCAGGUGCCCCCCCCCCCCCCUUGAAUAUACUGCUGCUCUAUUUUACAGGAGGAUUUUUUAUUUAUAAUGGUAUUAUAAAUAAUGGUAAUUUUAUGUCACCAUGAUUAAUACCAAAGCAGUUUUCCUCAUGCAGUCGAAACGUAAUUGGUUUGUUAUUUUUUUUUGCGAUAGUGAAUUUAAUGUAGCAUUCAGGUACUGUAUAUGUUGUAUAGUACGAUAUCCUAUAUUGUAUAUUUUUGUUCAUACAAUUAGGGACUCUGCGUCCACAUGGGUAAUGCUCACAGCCACACUGUCACAGACACUCAAUCCCUCUCAUAGAUACAGUCUCACUCACACAUACACAAUACACACAGUUUCACACUCGCACACUCAGUUUUACACACAUGCUAUACUUAAUUGUGUUUAUCCUCCAGUCACAGGUGCCAUAUCUGUUACAAAUCUCUAGAAUGGGGUAUUUGCAGAGUCCUAUUCUUGGUAGAACAGAUGAACCUACAACAUUUUUAUGAUAAGAUGAUAGAUAAACAGCAUAUUAAUGCUACUCUUGUGCCAGUAAUUGUGUCCUGUACUGUCCUAGAUUUUAGUAGACUUGCCUAUGAUGUUAUGACAGGAUUUUCUAGGAAUUUGAUUAUCAUUAAUUCAUUACCUCAUUACUUGAAUAUCAUGUUUGAUUGCUUACAACGAUACGACAAAUUUGUUCUCCUUGUGAUUCCUUAUAGCUACUGUGACCUAUUACACGUACAAAUAGAGGAAAGCAAAGUUUAGAACUCCACCUUAUUUCGUUAUCUGUUUCUCUCGCAAUCCUAAACUGAUUGAAUUUGUGCGUGAUUCAGUAAAGGAUAAAUUUACAUCAUUAAAAAAAUUAUAAUACUGCAUUCUUCUGUAAUUAAAAAUUGUUAAUUGUAUAUUCGUAAAGAGUCUAUAGUUUUGAAACAUCCAUAUUGGAAUAUUUUUUUUUUAGGUUAUAAAAUCACUAUGUAAUACGAGUUUCUUAUAUGAUGAAAUAUAUGCACAGUUUUAAUUAA